AUGACGUCUACACUGACUGCGCCCGCUGCAUCCGCUGCGCCUACGAAGACUGCUGCAUCGUCAUCGAGCAGCGCCGCAUCGGCAGCCGCCAGCACCGCAGCGCCCACCGACGCCAAGGCGGCGCUCGAGCCAGCGGACAUCUCGUCGCCACACCAGCUGAUCGACUGGGUCGACACAAUGCUCGGCCAGCUCGAGACACGUUUCGACGACAUGAACUCUCAAGUGUCUGCGCGCAUGAACGAGAUGAGCACGCGCAUCGACGCGCUCGAAACCUCGAUCCAAGACCUCAUCCAUGGCACCACUUCGCCCGUCGCAGCCACGCAUUCGGACGCAUGA